AUGUCUAAACCAACCAAACAAGCAGAGUCCGAAGAGGAAGAAUACAUGGACCAAUCCGACAGCGAAGCAAACUCCAACACCGCGCUGCAACCCGCACAGCAACAAAACCAACAACUACAAGCCCAGCAACAACAACAGCAACAACAGCAACAGCAACAAGUGGGCCAGCGUGCCGAAGGUUACAGAACAGGCGCCAUCAGAGAAUCCCGCAUCAAGAGCCGCCCGGAACCCAAAUCUACGGCCUCGGAUAGCGCGCUGAAGAUCAAGAUCGAGUUGGAUUUGGAGGUCGAGGUGGAUCUCUAUGCGAGGGUUAAGGGUGAUGUUACGAUUGGGUUGAUGUAG